UUGGAGAGAUAGUAGAAGAGAGUGGGAGAGAAAGUGGGAGAGAAACUUGGAGAGAGAGGGAGCUCUGUUGCAUGUUAUUAUGAGGGAAGGUCAGGGCUCUGUACAUUAAGUUAGUUAACUCUUGACAGAGAUGCAGAAAAGGGAGAUUAUUAAAAGAUGUUGGAUCUGUCUUUUGUGCUGUUGCAUCCCGAUGAAGAGCAGUUGGCAAGUUUGACCGUCAAAAGAAUGACCACACAUUUCCCACGACAUGAACACACAAUGACGGACCUCAGUGGUCGGCGGAACGGUUGCUAUCGCGGGACAUUAUGACCAUUUCGCCUGUGUCAGACUUUAGGACAUCAGACGUCAACAACAAGCUGAGAGCGGACAGUGAGAACUGGCAGAAAUAAGGAGCUCCACGAGCGCUGAGACCCACCCCCUGCGCCAUGCUCCAGAGAUAUGCCGCGUGAAGCCGUGACGGGGCCGAGCUCCACGAUGCUCCACAGGUGGCUGCUCUCCCUGGUGGCCCGUGUCGGGGUCCUGGCGUUGGUCCUGUGCUGCUGCCUUUCGGCCCUCUACCUGCUGUCCUGCAAAGCCCCGAGCGUCCACAGUUAUCCUCCGGCCCUGGUCUGGGUGGGAGGAGCCACAAGUAAAGAGGGUUACCUGGCUCUCCUGCAGGAGAGAGAGGACACCCACAGACACUAUAUUAACAGCCUGGGGAAACAGAUAGCCCAGCUUAAGGAGGCUCUCCAGGCAAGGACCCAGCAGCUCCAGGAGUCACUGGACAAGGCCAAGGCCAAAGGAGUUCUGCCUCUUGGGCUGGAGGGGUCGCAUAAGCCCCAGACACACAUAGACCUCCAGGAUUUUUUCAAAGCCCAGCUGAACCGGGCUGAGAUCCAGUCUGGUGAGAACUUGCCCAGUGAAUACGCUGUGGUUCCCUUCGACAGUUUCACACUGCGCAGGGUGUACCAGCUGGAGACUGGGCUGACGCGUCACCCGGAGGAAAGGCCAGUGAGAAAGGACCGGAGAGACGAGCUGACAGGCACCCUGGAGACAGCCCUGCAGAUCCUCAAUGGACCCCGGAGACACAAGCAGCACCAGCGCUCCUACUCUCCGUCAGACUUCAUAGAGGGUCUGACCCGUACAGAGCGUGACAAGGGGACGGUGUAUGAGCUAAUGUUUAAGGGCGAGGGGCCGCGGGACUUCAGACAGCUGAUGUUCUUCAGACCGUUCGGCCCGGUGGUCAGGGUGAAGAAUGAGAGGGUGGACACGCGUCACAUGCUCAUCAACAUCGUAGUACCGCUGUCCCAGAGGACAGACACUUUCAGACUGUUCAUGGACAACUUCAGAGAGGUGUGCAUCAAUCAGGACAGGAAGACCCACCUUACUGUGGUCUACUUUGGCAGGGAGCAAAUUGACGAGGUCAAAGCCAUCAUGGAUCACACAUCCAGGAAAACCCAAUUCCGGAACUUUACCCUGAUCCAAUUGAAUGAGGAGUUCUCUCGUGGGCGAGGCCUUGAGGUAGGCGCACGGGCCUGGAGGCGGAGCCACAAUGUGCUUUUCUUCUUCUGUGACGUUGACAUCCACUUCACCCUGGAUUUCCUCACUUCCUGCAGACUCAAUGCAGAGCCGGGAAAGAAAGUAUUCUACCCAGUGCUCUUCAGCCAGUAUAAUCCAUCUCUUGUCUACAGUAACCAAAGUCCCCUCCCUUCUAUUCAACAACAAGCCGUGAUAAAAAAGGAUGCCGGAUUCUGGAGAGAUUUUGGUUUUGGAAUGACUUGCCAAUAUAGGUCUGAUUUCAUCAACAUAGGUGGGUUUGACCGGAACACCAAAGGCUGGGGUUUGGAGGACGUCCACCUGUAUAGAAAGUACCUGCACAGCAAGCUAAUGGUGAUUCGCUCCCCAUCCCGAGGCCUCUUUCACCUGUGGCAUGAAAAGCAGUGCGCGGACGAGCUGCCGCCUGACAAGUACAAGAUGUGUAUGCAGACUAAGGCGAUGAGCGAGGCCUCUCAUGGCCACCUGGGGGAGCUGUUCUUCACACAUGAGAUACAGGAGCAUCUGCAAAGGCAGAAACUACUCAAUGACUCAAUUCACUUGCGGUAGAUGUUGCACCAGAACCGCAGAUCUACCCAACAGAUUGCUGAACAAUGUUUGACCCUGGCUCAGUGGAUGAGGUUAUAAAGUCAGCCCUUUGGCUAUGUGUUGGGUGAACAAUGUUCUUAUCAUCCGUCCAGACUUAACUCAGGGACUGGGGAGAGAAAUGACACAUGGACUUCGACAUGCCAUUUUAUUGAAAAUAAUGUGAAUAUCAGUUAUUACACUUCCUCAUAUCUUCCUGUAGCCUGUCAACAGGAUAUUGUGCCUGCAAGUGACUAUCAAUGAGUCAUAUUUUUGUAUGAAUUAUAAGAUGACCGUUCUUUAUUGUAUUUUGUAACUAUAUCUCAAUAUGUAUUAGCAUUAUACUGGGUCAGAAUGCCUUACACAUAUUCAUUAUAUGAACUCAAAUGUGUAUUUAGACAAAUAGACUGUCUGAGCAUAUUCAUAUUCAAGCAUACUCUGAUUUCCUCUCAGAAGCUGGUGGACACUGAAUAAAAUAUGCUGGGAAAUAAACCUAAUUUGGGCACCAACAUUUUUGGCAUUGUGACACACAUAAUACAACCCCAUUUACAAAAAGUUGGGUGUAAAAUGUAAAGAAAAACUGAAUGCAUUC